AUGCCUGAAAUAAACAACAAUACUAUAGAAAUUACUGGUAUAGGAAAUGACUCUAUUACAUCCCUUGGUCACAUCCCAAUUGAAUUUUGUUCUUACCAACAUAACUUCUACGUACUUCCAGCGUUUGAUUUGCCGUAUGAUGGAAUCAUCGGUAGCGACUUCCUUAUCAAAUUAAAUUGCAAAAUUAAUUAUGAUAACAACACCUUAAAAGUAAAUAAAGAUGAAAUAAGGCUUUGUUUCACUAAGCCAGUCUAUACUAUUGCACCUCGAUAUGAAACUAUCAUAGAGUGUUCUGUAAGAAAUCUGGACAUUAAAGAAGGACUUGUUCUCGAUCAGAACCCCGUAGACUCACUCCUAAUAGCUAACUGCAUCGUAAAAUUGAAAUCAAAUUCAAGAAUUAAUAUCUCCGUUGUAAAUACUUCCGAAAGCGAAUUAUUCGUCGAUUCCGAUCUAAAACUAACGCUACAACCUUUGGAAAAUAAAUAUAAUCAUCAAAUCUUUUAUACUUCUUCGGACGGUUCCCGAAAUAACGUCCUUACUCGCACCGAUCAAACUCUAAAUCUCUUAAGAUUGUCACACCUAAACAAAGAAGAGAAAGAAGCACUAUGCAAUCUUUGUUGUACCUACUCUGACAUCUUUCAUCUGCCUGGCGACAAAUUAACUAACACAAACGUCUUGCAACACGAAAUUCCUACUUCGUCUUCCAUACCAAUCAACACUAAGUCUUACCGCUUCCCUGACAUUCAUAAACCAGAAGUAGAACGCCAAAUAAAUAAAAUGCUUGACGAUGGCAUCAUCAAACCCUCGACGUCACCCUGGUCUUCACCAAUUUGGAUAGUUCCAAAGAAAAUCGAUGAGUCCGGACAACGUAAAUGGCGCGUAGUCAUAGAUUACCGCCGUCUAAACGACAUCACUAUAGGAGAUUCCUAUCCGAUACCCAACAUAACAGAAAUUCUUGAUCAGUUAGGGAAAUGUAAAUACUUUAGCACUUUAGAUCUUGUUUCCAGUUUCCACCAGAUAAGAAGUCCGAAAAGGACGCUCCUAAAACUGCCUUCUCUGUCCCGCAAAGACACUUUGAAUUUACAGGGAUGCCUUUUGGGCUAA